CUACUAUUUUUUGGUCAAAUCACCUGACGUCAUGUACCCACGUGGAAAAUAAAACUGAAAAGACUCUGAAAAGAAGAGAGUAUCAUGUCUUAUCGUGGUCGAGGAGGUGGUGGAGGCAGGGGCUUUGGUAGAGGAGGGAGAGGAGGUCGAGGGAGAGGGGGUGGAGGAUAUCAACAAGACCUUGGCCCUCCAGAACACGUCGUUGAGGUUGGUACUUAUUUGCAUCCUUGUGAGAAUGAUCUUGUUUGCAAGAGCAGUAUAGCAAGGGUGCCUUACUUUAAUGCUCCGAUAUAUCUCGAGAACAAGUCACAAGUUGGAAAGAUUGAUGAGAUAUUUGGACCCUUUAACGAAUUCAUGUUUUCUGUCAAAUUGAGUUCGGAUAUGCUGGCCACUUCAUUUUCUGCUUCUCAAAAGUUGUACAUUGAUCCUAUGAAGCUCUUACCAUUGUCCCGAUUCCUCCCACAACCCAAAGGAGCAACUGUUGAGAAGAGAGGGGGAAGAGGAGGCGGUAGAGGAGGAAGAGGAGGAGGUGGUGGUUUUAGAGGUGGGGGAAGAGGAGGGUUUAGAGGAGGAAGAGGUGGAGGAGGCUUCAGAGGAGGACGAGGAGGUGGUCGUGGUGGAUUUCGUGGAAGGGGGAGGUAUUAGAGACACCAUGUUGGUCAUCAUUAAUUUUCUCUGUCAAAACUAAUGAUAAUAACUAUUAUUUUUAUUAUUAUUAAUGAAUCAUAAAAAGGAGAUAAAAGGAAAGAAGGGAGAGGGAGGGAGAGCUAAAGCAUUAAGCAAUGUCUUUUCACUAAAA